UUCUGGACGUGCCCCUGCCCGUGUGGUGCGUGUGUGCGGCUCUCGCUCUCCCUGUGUGUGACAGGCGUCAAAAAUACCGCCGAAGGAGCUCAGCAGCUUCUCCACGCAGCUGUCCAACGCUCAGAGGCGCAAAGAUCCCAGAGACAGACCGAGGUGACAAUGGCUGGAGAGUUUCUCAUCUCCUGAUUGUUAGAAAGAAGCGCGUCGCUUUCAGCGCGGACUGACUCGACUUUACGUCAUAAUUUGAAGCUUUUAGACAAGCAGUGAAUGAAAAGAUGUGGAUAACUCGUAGUGCCGAACAUUUAAGCGGUGUUUUCUCUGUUUGGAAUCAGUGGGGUUCGCAUUGCGUAGCGCUGCUGUGUUUAUUGUCUUCGCCAGUCAGGACAGAUGACGCCUGCCCGUCUUCUUGCAGCUGCGCCAGGGACUCGGGGACCGUGACCUGCUUACCUGAUGGGGGCCAAACCGAUCGACCUUCGGACAUACCAACAUGGACGUCCACUUUGAUACUUAGAGGUAGAAACAUCUCAACUUUACCUCAAGGCGCGUUCACUGUCAACGGCACCGAGUUGGAAAUGGUGACACUCUCGCUUUCCUACAACGGGAUACAGACUAUUGAGCCGUACGCGUUCCUGGGACUCACCCGCUUACAUUUGUUAGACCUGAGCCAUAAUCAGCUGGAAACUAUCUCGUCCAGGGCUUUCCACGGACUGACGGAGCUGCGCUCUCUUUUUCUCAAUUACUCUGUUUCGCCCGAUGCCACAGCGCAGCUUUCAUCCGCGCUCGGCGCGCAAAGUUUGCGGAACCUCCACAGACUGGAGCUGGCGGGGAAUAGACUAAACUCUAUACCCAUGGAAAGGUUAGAUAUGUAUAACUUGCACUUUUUAGUCCUCACAAAUAACUCAAUUGAGAACAUUGGGAGAGAAAACAUAUCUAGUUUGUACCAGCUGAGACGAAUACGCGUCUACUUGGCUUUAAAUCCGUUUCGAUGCAACUGCGAACUGGAAGUGUUUUACUAUUGGUUAAAAAACUCAUCGCAGUGUCAGGAUGCUGAGCGGGUGUUUUGCAGUGAGCCGGAAGCGCGGAGGGGGGUCCCCGUGGAGAAGCUGCGGGGAGAGGAUGUGGAUUGUAUGAACGAGAACCUGGAGGCAGUCUCAUACGUGUUCCUCGGCUUAGUGCUGGCUCUGAUCGGAGUGGUGUUCCUCAUGGUGCUGUAUUUGAACCGGGGAGGCAUCAAACGGUGGCUCAAUAACAUCAGAGAGGCGUGCAGGGACCAGAUGGAGGUUUACCACUACCGCUAUGAGCAGGACUCUGACCCCAGGUUGGCCAACGUGGCUGUUUAGCUCAAUGAAUCAAGAUGCUCAUGAAAAAGGGGAGAAAACUGGUCUAUAACUUGAUGAAAGCAAGAGACAAGUGCAUCUCAGUUAAAUAGAACAUCACUGACAGUUCAUUUCAAUAACAACUUUUAUGGUUAGAGCUUUUGGGUAAUGAAAAUCUAAAUUUCAGUUUCUCAGAAAACUAACACAGUCAGGAGGAAAACUUUAAAGUUAUCCAGUCACUGAUACAAGCCACAAAAGUUCAGCGCAAAAUAAGCUGGUUGUUAGGGGAAUCCCUUUUUCAAGCUUAAUAUUAAAAAGUUAAGUGGAAGGAUAAAGUGCAAUAGAAAAGGUGCACAAGCAACACCAAGGAAACCACACACAGAUGUAUCCUGGACAUUGUCUACAAAAGUGACCUCCUGCUUUGCAUUGUGCUGGAAACAAGCAGGGGAUUCCCUCUGGACACACACAUGUAUGAGCAAGAACUUGGAGAUGGUUUUAUGCCUGUUGAUCUGCAUAAUGCUAAUCCAGAUAAGAGUGAUAUUUUGAUGAUGCUGUAUGUGACCUGGGAAGAACCAGAAGAACCUGUAAUGAGCAGGACUCAGAUCCCAGGCCGGCCAAUGAGGUUGUUUAACCGGAGCCAGUCUGAGUAUAAGAGGAGCCACAAGCUGAAUUUGCUGGGCCUACUUACAUUGUUCACCACAGCAUUAAUGUGUUCAUUUGUAUGAACAUUUUGCAUGUAUGACAACAUGUUUUAGGUUUAGUGAAUCAAAUAUGACUCCCCUAAAGAGACUGUCAGUCAGUUUGCAUUGUUUAUGUAAGAAAUUGCAUUUGACAUGAAGUCUUUCUGGACAUGACCGUUGUACAUAUCUUGUAGAAAUUCGGUUAUUUUUCUGAUUUACUCAUUUGCUCUUGCAGUCAUGUUUUGUGUAUAGUGACCUGUGUUGAAGUACUAGUUGAAUUAUGUUGUGCUUACAACACAAUAUUCAAAAAACUAUGAAUUACUUAUUGAGAUUUAUAUUGGAAUCAAUUGCAAUGUCAACAAAAAUAUGAAUUAAGCUCAGACAUUUACAAUAACUCAAUAAACUACAGUAGAAGGAUUAAUUUAUGGCUAUCCAGCUAUAAAAACUUAUGGGACUUUUAUUACGUCUUAAAACAUGCUUCAAAACUUUUAAUUUACAUUUGAAUGAAGAAGUAUGAAUUAUUUAGAGAACAUGGGAUCUUGCUAAACUCCCCAUGCUGGCAUUGGGAGCCCUUAACAACGAAUUGAUUCUCACGCAUUUGGAAAGUUUUAUGUUUAAAUACUCUAGAUAAAUCAGGUUUCUGUUAUGAUGUGAAAUAACAGAAGAGAAAAGAAGUCAGGAUUUAAUAGAACUACAUUUUAAUCAAGAUUAUGAAAAAUAUAAGGGGCAGAAAAUGGGUUCUUUGUGGUUAUUUCUAGAUGGAGAUCCAGACAAGUAAAUGACUUUUCUGAUAAUGCUUUCACAACUGAAAUGUAAACUUCUGAGGAGAACUGCACUUUUCAUACAGAGGGCUUAAUGGGAUGUAUUUUUCAAUCUGAAAAGCUCAAAUAAAAUUGUGACUCAGCUACUGUUAUUCUUGGAAAAGUAGUUUGCUGCAGGCUCACAAGCCCUGCAGGGAGAACAAGAUUAUUCUGUCCUGGUUUAUUAGGUGGAGUGCAAAUUAUAAGAGAGAUGAUGACAUUAGCAGGCUGGUGUAUUCAUCAGAGUGCCAUGUUUGUUGUAAGAAGUACAGCUGAAAUAAAAUUAAUCUUAUACAACUUGAAA